UUGCUUCUCGACUCUGCCGACCUGCGAGUGCCUUCCCAACUUUCCCUCCCUCUCGCACACCACAUCGCUUUUCUUCGCACACCACCCGCCUCUCCUCCUCCACCACCACCAUCCGCCCACUGUCGCGCGUCCUGUCGCUUGCGCGCGCGCCCGUCCGCAUCGCUAUCAUCGCCUUGUCUGCUGCCCGCCGAAUCCGGCGACACCUCGCUUUGCUGCACGGCACGUCGCGUCUCCCUCCAUCGCUCACGCCGUCCGCCGUCGCGCAACACUUUUGCUCGCUCCAGCAUCGCGUCUGCGCAUUCACUCCACUGCCAUCGCUGGUGCGCCCCCGACUGUGACCGCAGCGCGCGCAAUCGUUACUCACGCUCCACUUCGCAGCUGUGGGCGGCCCCGGAUCUGGCGCAGACCGCAAAUCCCCGGACGGCCCAGGCACUGGCCGACUCAUAUGCCACGCUUUCCACCACACCCUCCUUCGGCGCUGCAACGUGGUCCCGCUCCAUCUGCAUCGUUCUCACCUGAUCUUAGCACUCGGCAUCGUCUCGCCUUCGCCCCGUCCACCCGCGGGCACCAACAAGGCCGGCUGCCCGUGGCCUACUCCGACCGCGUCGCAUUGUGCGCCGACCACCUGUAGAGGCCGAUGGGUGACCUCACCUCAAGCAACCACCAAAUCCGUAAGCCCGGCAGUGCUAUGUACGCGGGAAACACUUUCAGUCCCAACAGCACGUCUCCACCCACACCCGCAUUUCGCUCCGACAUCUUCGCAAAGGCCUCCGGGUCCAGCUCCGGCCCGCUAUACAGCACUUCGCCGACUGCAGAGCGCCACCCUGCUGAUCGCGUUGGCAUGAUGGCGCCUCUCUCAGCGGCCGCGGAUUCCUCCAGCUUCGCCUGGCAUCAACGUCCUGCUCCCGCGGUUCUGAUUCGAAGGCUUCCGCGUAACAUAGGCAUCGACGCAGUGAAGAGCUUGCUGCUCUUCGCUGGUGAUCUAAUCGACGCAGAAAUCAUUCAAUCACCCUAUCCGGACGACCAAAAAUACGCGACAGCGAUUGCGCGAUUUCAAACGACAGGCAGCGCCAUCGAGGUGCAGCAGAGGUUGAACGGAAAACCCAAUACCGCCAACGAAGCCAACAUGAUUGUCGAAACGUACAGCACCACUUCGAUUAGCGGAGUUUUCGAGAGGCGCAACACUAUCGAUGUAACUGCUUCUCGCACGCAAACGAGCUCUGCUUCUUCUGGACGCUCCAGGUACAACAACACGUUCCAACCCGCGGAGCGAGUUUCCCCGCCUCUGCAGAGCGGGAGCUCGGGCACAAAUGGGGACUUUCCCACCCCAGAGAACAGUGCACACUUCCAGAAUCUGUUCUCUCCACAGUCUCCGUUGGCCAAUGGAGUUGACGGGACUCAUCGCAUCAGCGGCAAGUCGAUGAUCAACGACGACAACGCUGAUGACGAAACCGGAGAGCUGCUCAAGGAUCCGAUCGCAUAUGCAAAGCAUGGCCAGCAAACUCGUCGUGCGACCAAUCCAGCCAUCCCAGUCUCUCGCUUUGGCAGUCUGUCCAUCAACAGUCCCAACGGCAACAGCAACGCCAUUCCAUCUCCCGUAAGCAAUGGCUAUGCGCCUCCACGUGCGAAUGGCUCCAUUUCUGGUGGCCCUGGGCAGAUGCAGAUGAGCAAUGGUCACAGCAAUGGCGCAAAUGGCACUUACGUCUCCAACUAUCCCCGCCCACAAUAUCCGGCUGUGAAUCCUGCCGAUCAAAAUCCUCCAUGCAAUACUCUCUACGUGGGCAAUUUGCCUAUUGACACCAACGAAGACGAACUCAAGGCUCUCUUCUCUAAGGUGCGAGGCUACAAGCGAUUGUGUUUCAGGACCAAAGCAAAUGGUCCCAUGUGUUUCGUCGAAUUCGAAGAUAUCAGCUUCGCAACCAAGGCUUUGCAUGAGCUCUAUGGUCAUCCUCUCCACAACAGUACCAAGGGUGGUAUCAGGCUGAGCUUCUCCAAAAAUCCACUCGGUGUUCGUUCAGUCCAGCCGAAUGGACUGGGUCCUUCUGCAGCAAUGUCUCCGCAGGCAAUGGCGCCUGGAUUCCCUGGACUUCCAAACAACUUUAGUGCUGUCUCUGGCCCGCCCCCUGGAUUAGGCUCUCCACCUGGACUUGGUCCUUCAGGAAAUUAUCGGGCAGGGCAAAUGGGGAUGGACGGCAUGUUUGCCAAUCCUUUUGGCAUGACUAAUCCUGAGUUUUUGCAUCAGCUUGGCCCACGCAACUAUUCUGGCGGUGUUCCUCAACCUCUGGGCGCAGGUACGUUCGGAAGGGAGACUCCUGACGGAUACAGCGACUUUCAUCUCAGCCGAUGAGGCGCUCCACAUGGACUGUGUCCGUGCUCUACUGGCUUCGAGGCGAAUUUGGUGAACUCCAUUCGCAAGCUAUCACACGGCAUUUGGGUUUUCUUUCUUUUUUUUUUUCUGCAUUUGGAUUUGCUUUACUCGUUACACGGCACGCGGGACAUCUCUCUACACGACCUAUAACGCUGGCGGAUAUUUGUUUGGUUUAAUCAUUUUUGCAAGAUUCCCCCUUUGCGCGAGCACCAUGACAAGAGCUCGGGAUCCAUUUGACAGGCGUUGAAAGGGCGUGUACUACACUUUCUCAAACGAACUAGUCUUUAUCAUUAAUGAAGACUACAUGGCAUGAGCAGAGCGAUGGUGCGCUCCACACGAACAGCAUAGCAAUAGUAUCAUGGCGGCCUGGACACACGGCGAACUCGAGGAGGUCCUUCAUUAGCAUGGCACAAUCAGUCAUUGAGGCAUGGGAAGCGUACAAGCGCAAGUUGGAAAUGAGUGGGAAAGGAACUGAGACAUUUGAGGAUAUGAAUCGUCUCGUAAACAGCAGGGUAAAAUGUGUACAAGGAAAAUGUCCGCUCAGGCGGAAUGGGGAGGAGAAUCUGGCAAUAUCCUUCUUCUGCUACGCAACUUACACGGCCGAGUUCAUUGUUGGAUUCUGCGAGCGAUACAAAAAACUGGCGGGGGCACAUAGGCGGUGAAAGAAAGCAUCUCACUUUAGAUCAAACGCUUAGCGUGGCUUUAGUCGAUACUGUAGUGUCAGUCGCAUUUUGGAGGGACAGGCGAGGAAAAAAGAACAUGUUGGCUUCUUGACGAUCUUCUCACCACUUUCACACUCAUUAUCAAAUCCCGCUGCCUGUGCCGUGAUGAACAAUCACACAACUUCAUCUAUCCCACUCAGCCAAGAAAUGUGCUCUAUCAGAGUUGAGAAUGUAUGCAUCGUCAUGCAUAUGCGGUCCGCGGAUUCUACAACCAUCCUCCCGCCUGACGAGCGGCGGGCAACAACUCU